UCAACAGCAUCCUUGCGUCAUCGAUGUCCAUUGACCUUUCGCCAACGCCACAGUCACCCGCAGACACCAAACUGCCCGAGGACCUUGUGAACAUCAUCGUCGACCUCUUUCAAGACGAUUCGCAUGCUUUGAAAACGCUAUGCCUCGUCCAUCGCGCCUGGCUUUCCAAGGCUAGGAAGCAUCUCUUCCGCGAUAUUACGGUGCAGUACAAAAUGACGUGGGCUUUCGGCACGAAAUCUAUCCAAAUUCCUGGCAUCGGCGAGAAGUCCAUGGACAAGAGCGCACCUAACCAAGAUCUGUGGAUGUCUCUCUUUAGUGCGUUCCUCGACUUCCUGACUCGGGCGCCGACUUCGAUUACAGAAAGCAUUCGGCAGCUGUCCUUGCUGGGCAAGGACUGGUUCUCUCGUGAAGGCGAUAACAGGACGGAUUGGACGGCAGAAGAGUACCAAGCCUGGACAAUCUCCCUGACCACAGACGCAGUACACACGCUCUUGCGGCUGCUACCCAACCUUAGCGAGCUACGUCUUCACCUUGACCUGCACCAGUCUUCCAAGACGAUCCCUACGGAUCGAUUCCACCUCCGAACUCUCAGCCUCGACUGGUGUUUGGCGUCCACGGACUGCAUCUUUUUCCUCAUGUCCCUGCUUCCAGAACUGCACGAGCUGCUCUGGGCAGUGUGGGAGCGUACACCGCAGAAUACGCCGCUCCGGCUUCUGAACGCAACACAGCAACUGUUCAAGGAUGCUGUCGCGAAGCUGAAGCGACGGCAGCUCCUGAGGCGGCUCAGCAGGGUCGUCGUUCGGCGCGAGCCGCAGCAGAUCCAUGGGGCGCUUCUGGAGCUUCUCGAGGCUGCGUGUAAUCUGAAACCAGAUGAAGAACGACCUGCGAUUAGCCUCGACCUGUGCAUGGCACUGUCCUCGAAGGACGACGUCGCACGGUAUCGGCGAUUGUUCAAGAAUUGCGGCCACUACGUGACGCGUCUUACUGUGCGCCCUACGCGUACGAAAGACGAUAUCACCGUCUUCAAGCAGCUUAUCCAGGAAGACGUUGGCUUGUCGUACUGCAAUCGGUUGCGACGGCUGCACCUCGAUGUAUCCAUCUACUGGCGUACAGGAGUCUCCAUCUGUGUCGAGGAGGUCCUUAGAGACUUCUUCAGAGGGAAGCAUAGUCAAGACAGUCCCGAAAGCGUCAAGUUAGUGCUGUCGUUGGAUCACAGUCUCGCUUUCACCUUUGGCUCGGAAGCGACGUUGGAAAAUGUCGACGGCAUCGUCACUGAGUAUAGGAACAAGUUGCGCGAAGUGGUGGUCGCCGAGGGGGGUAAUGUUCCGGACGAGGACAAGCAGCAACAGGUUAUUCUACAUAUGCCUAGGCUUGUGGAAGCUCGCCUUUUGUGCUUCUGAUAUCAUAAGAGCUAGUGUCUAGCCGCCUUCCUUCGUUACCGGGCUCUUCAUAUCCCGGACCAUCUUUGGUGUCUAUACGAACAAUGUCAAUAUCUACAGUGGUAUGAUGCACUUUAA